UCUUCUAAAAUCAAUAAACUUGCAAAACAAAUCAGAUUCGAAAAGUAGAGCGCAGAGUUUCGACAUGAAAGUCUCGGCAAUAUUUCUGUUUUUAGGGUUGUUAUUUUUCGGUAGUAUUUUUGUUUCGGAAGCUCGAGUUCGUCAUGCUACAUUCGUGGUGCAAGAAACAUCUUACACGAGGCUGUGCAGCACCAAGAAGAUAUUAACCGUUAAUGGCGAUUUUCCGGGUCCGACACUCUAUGCCGAAACGGGUGAUACACUCAUUGUUGAUGUUCAGAACAAAGGCAACCUUAACAUAACCAUUCACUGGCAUGGAGUGAAACAGCCAAGAAAUCCAUGGACGGAUGGCCCGGAAUUCAUCACACAGUGCCCGAUUAAGCCGGGAGGUAGGUUUAGCCAAAAGGUGAUUCUAUCGGACGAAGAAGGAACAUUAUGGUGGCAUGCACACAGUGACUGGUCGCGAGCUACUGUCUACGGUGCUAUAGUUAUCCGGCCUAAGAAAGGAACGACGUAUCCCUUCCCUAAGCCUGACGGAGAAGUGCCCAUCAUAUUAGGGGACUGGUGGAAGAGCGAUAUAGAGGAGGUUUUGCAGGAGUUUCUGAGAACAGGUGGAGACCCAAAUUCUUCUGAUGCUCUAACUAUCAACGGCCAGCCUGGUGAUCUCUAUCCAUGCUCCAAACAAGCAGACACAUUCAAGUUGGUCGUGGACUAUGGCAAGACUUACCUGCUGAGGAUGAUCAAUGCCGGAAUGAACAACAUUUUCUUCUUCGGAAUAACGAAUCACACGUUCACUAUCGUUGGCCAUGAUGCUGCCUACGCCAAGCCUUUCGAAUCCGAUUACAUCACAAUUCCCCCAGGCCAGACCCUGGAUGUCUUGCUCAAAGCAAACCAGCCCCCCAAUCAGUACUACAUGGCUGCCAAGGUUUUCGUUGGCGGCGGUGCAGCUAUCUUCGACAACACAACCACCACAGCCAUACUCGAAUAUCGAGGAAAUUACACUGCCCCUUCACCCCUACCGUUACCCAUUCUUCCAAAUAUUACGAAUUCCACAGCUUCGCAAAGCUUCAGUGGCAGCCUCAGAAGUUUAGCCAGUGCUGCUCAUCCUAUAGAUGUUCCUCUGGAGAUCAGCCAGAAGUUUCUUUUCACAGUAUCGAUGAAUUCGGUGCCAUGUAAUAAUACCGUAGAUUGUACUAGCCGAAACAAUGUGAGGUUCAAAGCGAGUAUAAACAACAUAACGUUCCAGGCUCCGAAGAUUGACAUUCUGGAAGCUUAUUACCGAGGUAUUAAUGGUGUAUUCGGGGAUGAUUUUCCGAGGAAUCCACCCCUCGAAUUUAAUUAUACAGGGAAUAUUUCAGCCGCGCUUCGGACGCCAAGAAACGGGACGGAAGUUAGAGUACUUCCGUUUAAUUCGACGGUGGAGCUUGUUUAUCAAGGAACGAAUUUGCUAAGGGGGAUCGAACAUCCCAUGCAUCUGCACGGAUAUAGUUUCUAUGUUGUCGGUUGGGGACUCGGAAAUUUCAACAAAGACGAAGAUCCUAAGAAUUACAAUCUUGUUGAUCCUCCUCUAAUGAAUACUAUUUCAGUUCCUAGAAAUGGUUGGACAGCUAUCAGAUUCAGGGCAGAUAAUCCAGGGGUGUGGUUGAUGCAUUGUCAUUUCGAGCGUCACAUAACGUGGGGAAUGGAGAUGACUUUUAUUGUGAGAAACGGAAAACGCUCCGACCAAAAGAUUCUGUCACGGCCUUCUGAUAUGCCACCAUGUUGAUGCACAAGGACCAGAGAAAAGUGCUUAUUCUAGAAGUCGUGCACUGUUAUGGCAUGAACGAGUUGUAGUCUGUCGUAUUGUUUGCCUGUAUUUGUUGUAGUUAAGAUCUUGUCUAAUACGGAAUAGUGUUGGAUCACGAUUGGAAUAAUCAUGUAAAACAAAGAUCGUUUGCAUGUAUCGAUCAUUCUAUUUGUUAUAUAAUAUGGUUUUGUCAA